AUGACUUCGUCGUCAACUUUACUUCUGAGAACAAUGGAUCGGAUCGAUGGUAUUCGUGUCAUAGUCGUUGACCCAAACAGUUCUAUUUCAUGCCUAAAAAAAGAUUACUCAUGCAAUUGUCUAUUUCUUUAUAAAAAUAUAAUCCUCGUCGACACACUUCCUUUUAGUUAUUAUUCGAUGUCCGAUGGCGAUUUUAUUAGAACAAUAAGAUCUACAGAUGUUGAAGAAUCGCAACAAGAUCAAUCCGAGAAAUAUGAAAACGAAAUUGAACUUGAAAAGCUAAAAUUACUAGAAAAGAAGUUCAAUAGAAUCAUUUCAAGCUCAAGUAUGUAUCAAAAAUAUGAAAACUUGAAGCAAAAAAUAAUACAGGACAACGAAGAAUAUGAAUUUGAAUCAUAUCACCGCACUCGUUGUCCAAGAUAUAAACCAACGAUGCCUUCAACUAAUCCAUUACCAAAAUUUUGGUAA